GCAAUGAUAUCAUAACUCGGAGCACUCCUCCAGCACAUCGGCAAUCCAACUUCAAUAAAGAACUAAUCCGAAUCUUUGAACAAUUGACAUACAUCGCUCCUUAUGUUCUCAAAUUGAAACUGGAAGUUUUGUUAAUGUCUCGGUCUUUGAUCGAAUCUCUACAGUUGAUUGUUCCUGGUUCAAUGGUGUCAGUCAUUCCAGAAUCACAACGUCAUGGACCUGAGACUAGUGCAUACACCACUCAUCAACACUCCAACUCUGAUAAGUUCUUCUCUUUUGUUUGACAAUUUUCAUAUUUCAAUUCAAUCGAAUUUGUACAUUAAAUUUACUUAUCUGUGCCAUUUAUAUGCAUUCUGUUUCAAUAACGCGUCGUCAAAUCUUCCGAAGUCCAGUCCUUUCUAAUCUCAAGACAUAUUCUACCACUAGAGUCAAAAUGGCGAAUGAAGGACGAUCAGAUAGCUUUGGAAAGGCUCAUAAAUCACUCAAUGUAUUCAAUAAGCCUCUCGGUCAAUUUGCGAAAGGAACUGGAUUUUACAGAAAUGGACAGUGUGAUGUCGGUCCAGAGGAUACUGGAAACCAUUCUGUUGCCGCAACUGUGACAGACAGCUUCCUUGAUUUCUCCGCGUCCCGUGGCAACAAUCUUCGCGGUAUUGGCUUGACUGGAGGAAAGAAAUGGUGUCUAUGUGCCAGUCGUUGGAAAGAAGCAAUGGAAGCAGCGAAAAAUUCUAAAGACGAGAAUUUAGUACCCAAGGUGCAUUUGCAUGCUACCCAUGAGAGAGCUUUAGAUGCAAUCUCACUAGAAGAUCUGAAGAAAUAUGCCGCGGAGCCAGAAGCAGCGAAUGCCAGCACGGUACCCCAGAGUCGAAAGGGAAAUAAUUUGCCAGGGGGUGUUCCAACUAAGGAGAGGACAGAGCUUGCGGGGACUGAUGAAAUGACUGGGAGUCGGCAGAGAGGCAACUAUUAAGCUUAGGAUACUUAUGAAAGAUGAUGUGAGAUUGAUCGGAAGAAAAAUGUGGCAACUGGAUGAUCAUUGCUUUUGCGGGACUGGCUCGAAUCCACGAGAUGAUGUGCAAUCGCCGUUGAAUUCCCAAGAGGGUGAAGUUCCACAGUUUUGUCUCAUCUCGGGAAAACAUGCUCUACUAUUGCUCGAGUUGAGCUAGAAUUUAAUGGGUGUGAUAAUUUUCAUAGUAGCAUCAUAUAAGCAGUUGUGUAUUCAUUUAAAUUCCUAUUGUACCAUACAAGUUGUGAAUUGUAUAAGAUUACAUCUCAAUUGAUAGCCA